AUGGAGAACUCAAGCCCUGGUCGAUCACUGAAAGAGGAGUUUCGGCCGAGCAAGUUUGGUCUUGCCUAUCCUGACCCUGAUGCCUUUGUGAGAUCGCAGUGGCACCAACCCAAAUGGUUCUAUUUUAUAUGGCGGCUCUUUUGGUUCCUGUGGCACAUUGGCUGGAUAAUUGCCAGUGGCGUAUACACUCGGAAAAACCAGGCCAGAUAUCCAGAAGAGGGAGCUAAGUGGUUCAUCUACUUCACAAACAUCACCUUACUACUGACUACGCUAACAUGUACAGUGGACUUUCUCAUUGUGUUGUACGUCAGUGCAUUGAGAGGCGGAACUGUGUUGGAUACAACCCCCUGGUAUGUGAAACUGCUGUGGCUGAUGUACAACGUUAUAUCAAGCGUCAACAUCGUCAUCACUGUGGUCUACUGGGCGGUCGGGUAUCACGCUGGCAACACAGAUGUUAUCAGCGUGGAAGCACACACCAUCAACUCUGCAUUCAUCAUCCUCAACAUCCUGGUCACAGCUAUGCCCAUCCAGAUUCUGCACUGCAUUUACCCCAUGGUAUACGCCGCCUUGUACUUCUUAUUCAACUUUAUCUACAUCGUUGCAGGAGGCACGGAUCUUCAAGGGCGUACCGUCAUCUAUAGUUCUGUAGACUGGAACAAACCGUUCCCUACAGCUGUUGUUGUCACUCUGGGAGUUCUUCUAGCGGUUCCCGUGGGACAUGUGUUAGUGUUUGCUAUAUACACACUGAGAGUUUUCCUGUAUUCAAAAGUGAAUUCUGCGUCGUAUUCUUUACGGGAGAGCUGCCUUAGACUCACGAACAGAACUGUGGAUGUAAAUAAUCCACACGGGAAUGAAAAUAUAGAAAUGACUAAUAGUGCAGCUGUGUGA